CUAGAUAUUCACAUUCCACGAUUCCCUUUCCCUUCUCAAAUAUAUCCCAUUUAUAACUGUUGAACAAAAUCAAUUUUCUCCCUUUACUUAUGAAACAUUUGACCUUUCUUUCUUCCUGUCUCGACAAUCUGGGUGGUGGCAUAAUUCAGAAGAAAGAGUGAUGGAAUGGAUUAUGGGUGUGUGUGUUCUGAUUGGCAUCUUGUUCAUGAGUUGGUGGUUUGUAUGGAACAAGAAGAAUGAUGUGGCAAAGGGCAAAAUUCCGAAAGGAAACUCGGGUUGGCCUUUACUCGGAGAGACCCUUGAUUACAUUGCUUCUGGCUACUCUUCAAACCCUGUUAGCUUCUUGGAAAAACGCAAAUCUUUAUACGGAAAUGUGUUUAAGACACGAAUUUUGGGAAGCAAUUUGAUAGUGUCGACGGAGCCAGAAGUGAACAAGGUGAUUCUGCAGAACCAGGCGAACUUCAUCCCCGCUUAUCCAAAGUCAAUUAGAGAAUUAAUGGGAGAACAAUCCAUACUCAAAAUGAACUCCACCACGCACAAGAAAGUGCACACACUCAUCGCAGGCUUCCUCCGAUCCCCACAAUGCAAAGCUCGAAUCACCAAAGACAUUGAACUCACUGUCAAACAAUGCCUCGCUUCUUGGACCCACCAAAUACAACCUAUAUAUGUUCAAGAUCAAGUCAAAAAGAUUACGUUUCCUGUUUUGGUCAAAGUUCUCAUGAGCGUUGGUCCUGGUGAAGAUUUGGAUUUCCUCUAUAGAGAGUUUGCACAAUUCAUCAAAGGCUUGAUUUGCAUACCCCUCAAAUUUCCCGGAACAACACUAUAUAAAUCCUUGAAGGCUAAAGAACGGAUGGUGAAGAUGGUGAGGAAGAUAGUAGAGGAGAGGAAGAAGGUAGUCACGGAUAACAAUGGUGAUGUAGCAGUGAAUGAUGUGGUGGACGUUCUAUUACGGGAUAAGGGUGAGGCAAACUCAAGCUCACGUUUGAGUCCAGAAAUGAUUAGCCAAAACAUCAUAGAGAUGAUGAUACCAGGGGAGGAGACUCUCCCUACGGCUAUGACCACCGUCAUCAAGUUCCUCACUGAUUCCCCUCUCGCUCUAUACAGACUUCAGGAGGAGAACAUGGAACUGAAGAAGCUGAAGGCUAAUUCCUCAGAUGAUUAUACAUGGAGUGAUUACAUGUCACUGCCAUUUACUCAAAAUGUCAUUAGUGAAACUCUUAGAAUGGCCAAUAUUGUGAAUGGCAUUUGGAGGAAAUCGGUCCAAGACAUAGAAAUCAAAGGGUACCUAAUUCCGAAGGAUUGGGGUAUUAUGGCAUCUCUUACUUCUGUUCACAUGGACAACAAGAACUAUGAAAACCCUUAUAACUUCAAUCCAUGGAGAUGGGAGAAAAUUGGAGUUGUGGCUAGUAACAACCACUAUGCCCCAUUUGGCGGUGGACCUAGACUGUGCCCUGGAUUAGAACUCUCUAGGCUAGAGCUCGCUAUUUUCCUUCACCAUCUUGUUACUACUUACAGUUGGGUCGCUGAGAAGGAUGAAAUAGUCUACUUUCCAACAGUCAAGAUGAAGAGAAAGCUUCCAAUUAGUGUUCAACCCCUUAACGCUUGAUUGGAUUACACCGUCAAGAAGUUGAUGGAGUAGCUUAUAGAAAUAAAAGGGUUGCAGCCACUCUGAUUUUAAAUUA